GGGAGUCACAACUCCAGCGUGUAGUGUGUGAAUGUGUGAGACACAGAGAGAGAGACAGAGAGAGAGAGAGAGAGAGAGAGAGAGAGAGAGAGAGAGAGAGAGAGAAAGGCACCGGCUGAUGCUGAAACCGCUACCAUUACUAUCACAGCUGCUCCCUCUGCUGUAUCCGUUACAGUGCUUUACAUUAGAGCUUGCUUCUGUUCGACCACGCUGGAGCUUUGCAUAUCCUUGGCUCGGUGUGUAUGAGGGUGUGCGUUUGCAAAGUGUGUCAAUGUGUGGUGUGUGUGAGAUGCCCACUACGGAGUGACUGAUGAGAACGGGUGCACCGGUCUGGAGGGUGACCCCCUGUCCGUACGGUUCCACUGCUGCUGCUGUCGCUCGGGGACGAUUGGACGCCCGGCGUUGCCACGACGAUUAGAAUGGGCUGCAAUCUGUGCACUUUACAGAAACGAGAGGAACACUAUAAGCUGCUGUAUGAGAUCGCACAGGUGAAUGGAAAGGACCUCUCCAAGGCCAGUCAUGACGAGGCAGUGGAGGCGUUCCGCUCUGCUAAGGACCCCAUUGUGGUGCAGGUCCUCAGGAGGAACACUGCUGGCCGCGGCAGCCAUGUUAGCUCCACUCAGGAAGUGGACGUGGUGGACGUGGUGGACAUGUGCACGCAGACAGACAUCACCUUUGAACAUAUCAUGGCCCUGGCCAAGCUCCGAGCCACCACUCCUCCCGUGCCUGACAUCUGCCCCUUUCUGCUGUCUGACAGCUGUCACUCUCUCCACACCAUGGAACAGGAUUACUAUGAGGGGACAGCUGACGGAGGGAGGACAGAGGAGUUUGAGUAUGAGGAGGUGGAGCUGUGUCGACUGAACAGUCAGGAGAAGCUGGGCCUGACGUUGUGCUACAGGACAGACGAGGAGGAGGACAUGGCUAUCUAUGUCAGUGAGGUUGGGCCAAACAGCAUCGCUGCAAGGGACGGCCGCAUCAGAGAAGGAGACCACAUUUUACAGAUCAAUGGUCAGGAUGUGCAGGACAGAGAGGAGGCUGUAGCUGUGCUCUCCAGUGAAGACACAAGGAACAUCGUACUGCUGGUCGCCAGGCCCGAGAUACAGCUAGAGGAGGCGUGGUUGGAUGAUGAACACAGUGAGUUCCUGGAGCAGUUGAAGAUGGAGAUGUUGGAGGAGCAGCAGAGAGAAGAGAUGGAGCUGGAAGCACUACAGGAGGAACAGGAGCAGCCCAGAGGAACAGAAGAGGAUGACAUCACUGCCACCUGUUCCUCCCUAACUCAGGACAAGGACAGUGAACUGGGGAUGUCUGACCACAAUGCCCUUCUAACCCACAUCCAGAGACGACUGUCCCAGUGCCUGAGGGAUAGACAGGACACUGGACAUCAUCGUCUGGAUGAAGAAGAUGAGGAAGAGGAGUUGGAGGUGGAGGAGGGUGACCGCUUCCAGCAGCUCCUGGAGCUGAAGUGUCAAAUCCGUAACAGCGGGGAGUACGACCUGUUCUACAGCAGACACAGCACCAUCGAGUGUAGUCUGGGAGAGCCGGCUGGCGGUGUGCAGCAUGAGCUCCGCAUGCUCAACGAGGAGCUCUGCAGCAUUGAGCUUGAGUGCCAGAACAUCAUGCAGGCCCACAAGCUCCGCAAGGGACCGGGGGGGACCCAGAGAGACCAGGUGCCGCAGGUGUCUCCCAUAACCGGCCGCCCCGUGCCCAAGGACCAAAGCUUCCUCCGAGGCAGCAGGGACUCGCCCAGCAGGGGCAAGCUGGCUGACAUCAACGAGCGCCAAGAGAAACCGGAGAAGUCAGACAAGGACAGCUCGAGCGCCUACAACACGGCAGAGAGCUCGCGCAGCACGCCGCUGGCCAUGGACCGCUCCCCCGAGCACUCCCUCCAGAGGAGGAUGGUCACCAUCACCAACCAGAGGAACCUCCACAGCAGCCUGGCAAGCCUUCAUGCCACAGCCAGCCCCAGUCCUAGCCCCAGCCCAACACAACGGUCACUCCACCGAGCCCCCAUCCCAGGCAAGGCCAGUAGCCCCGACCACAGCCCCAACCGCUACGAGUCGGACCAGACUGCCCUGGCAGACGAUGAAAGGAGUGGGAAUGGGAAAGUGAAGCCUCAGCAUCCUCCCAGGGCUUCCCAGAUCCCUUACCUCUCCCCGUCCCGUAGCUCCCAGCAUAGGCAGCCCAACACCAACAUCCCGGCACACGCCCACCACUACCAGAGCUACAUGCAGCUGAUCCAGCAGCGCUCGGCCGUGGAGUACGCUCAGAGCCAGCUCAGCCUGCUCAGCGUGGUCAAGGAGCCCCAGUUGAUCCCCGCCAACGAGCCCAAGAUGGAGUGGAAGGUCAAGAUCCGUUCAGAUGGCACACGCUACAUCACAAAGAGACCCAUCAGGGACAAGAUCCUGCGGGAACGCGCCCUCAAGAUCAAGGAGGAGCGCAGCGGCGGGAUGACCACGGACGACGACGCUAUGUCUGAGAUGAAGAUGGGGCGGUACUGGAGUAAAGAGGAGAGGAAGCAGCAUCUGGUCAGGGCUAAAGAACAGCGGAGGAGACGGGAGUUCAUGCAGCGGAGCAGGCUGGAAAGCCUGAGGGAGAGUCCUCAGAGCAGCAGCGAAGGACGCAAGGAGGUCAGCAUCAUCGAACUGAGCCACAGGAAGAUGAUGAAGAAGCGCAACAAGAAGAUCCUGGACAACUGGAUGACCAUUCAGGAACUGAUGACUCAUGGGGCCAAAACCCCUGAUGACCCCAGGGCCAAAGUACAUAACGCCUUCCUGUCGGUCACCACUGUAUAAUAUACAACUAACACAAUCUACAGCAGUGUUUCUCAACCUUAUUCAUACCAGGGGCCAGCAAGCUAUGGUUCUUACCUUGUUGGAAGGCAGCUUACAUUAAAAGUGACUAAAAUGAGAACUGACUAAAAUGAGUUUCAGUUAUUAAACAUCAAAGGGACCGGUCAGCAACAUCCCAGGGACUGUUCCUGGCCCUUAGACCAGAGGUUGAGAAAUACUGAUCUAGCUACAGUACCCCAUGUGGUAUAAUAUACUUGCCUCGUUCAAUGUGGCAUUUUUAUGAGGACGAUAGGAAUAUUUUUCACAACUUUGUUACCCGAACAAAUAGCAUUUUGUAAAGAAUUUUAACCAAUGUCAAUUUUGUUUAUAUUUUUUUCAUCUGUUUUUCAUGAUGUCACCCUCUUCCAGAUCCAGAAGCACUUUUGUAUGAGAUUACUGUGCAAUUAUCUUUCUUAGUUCCUAGUUUUCUUAGUUCACCCUGUGAAAAUGUUCAAUUAUUUUCAUAUUUCUGUUCUGUUAUGCAGUGAUUCCAACCCAUGCAGAUCAGGAUACUUGGACUCCCUCAGGGGAAGACAUGUUGAAUUGAAUGUACAGUACAGAAAUGUAUUGUAAUCCUACUUCUUGCCGGUCUAGAUUUGAUAAACCAGCCAUUAGAUUUAUCGUUCAGGACUUUCUACAAAUGUCACAGAUACAUUCAGAACUUACGGCAAAUUCCACACAUGCACAUACGACUUCAACUACAACCACUGAUUUACCAAAUAUAAUGACACAUUCCUUCAAAACAAGAUGGUGAAGUGGCAUUUGAUAAAGAUAACUUGGACUGAAUGCAUACAUCUUCUACCUGCAUAUUCUAAGGGAACCAAUGUUGAGAUAGAUCGAUACAUUAGCUAAGGACUGGACUACCUGACCUAUACCGUUUACAGUAUGGAUCAUCUAAGCUUUUAAAGCCAAGAUUGUAUCACCAUUCCAAAACAAAGGACCAUUUGCAGUUUCCUUUGCCAUCAUUUUAGUUGCAAAGGAUUAUUUUAUUCCAAGAGGCUAUGAAGACAAGCUGUGAUAUGUUGCAGCCAACAUUUACUCUGCAAUGCAUCAGGAGUUCUUCCAAUGUAAUACUGGUAAACCCUUUUUCAUAAGAUUUUGCAUAUUUAUGUUUACAUAAUCCUUUAUUUUCCACACAUUAGGUAUUGUACAAUGUUAACGUUUCUCAACAAAAGCCUUAAACAGUUUCCAAUUAGAUUCAUGUAACUUUGUUGUGGCAAGAAAUUUGUUAUGAGCUGUCUAUAGUUCUCUGUUGCAGCUCAAAAUUGUUCAAACUUGAGCUCAGGCUUCAUUUCAUGUUUUAACAAUGCCGGCUCAUUUCAGUGCCCACACAUACUCUGUAUGCUUGUACUUAACUAGUUAUGGAUUGGAUGAUUGCCAGUGAGCAGGACUCAUAACUUGGCAGUACAUUUUCCAAUUGUGAAAUCAGGUUUUACAUAUGUAUAACUGCAUACUUUUCAGUCUGGUUCUGUGUACAGUAGAAUACAUACUUGUUUCAAACACAUCAUUUUCAGUUUAAAUAUUGUAAAUGUGAACUUUGAAACCAACUCCUGUAUUUGUUUCAAGUCAAUGUCAAUGGUCUUAUUUCAAGUAAUAUGUAGUUGGCACACUUGUAGCCAGGUAAAUGUGUGGUAUAAUUGUGAUCAUUGAAAAAUGACAUGAGAAUAAAUUAUAGUUUUUUUUCUUCUUUA